AUGGCCAAAGGGAAGCCCCGCGGCCGCCGCUGCUGCCCGCUCGGCGCUUCCUCUUCCUUGGAGGCACCGCGGCGCUCUAGCCCCGCCCCUCCAAUGGGGACUUCCCCAGGGCGGCCGCCCAGAAACGUUGACGUCACGGCUCCCAGGAGCGGCCGUAGGCGCUCGAGCGCGACGCAGAACCCGCCCCUCCGUUUUCUGCGCGUGCGCGCCGCGGCUUUCUCCGGCGACGCCCCUUUUUGGGGCGGGCGUGUGGGGGUGAUGACGUCGAGCUCGGAGCGGCGGGCGGAAAAAACUUCUACCAUUGAGUUUUUUCCCAAAUACCAGAGUGUCUCCCUCGGUGACGGGGACAUGAUGAUGUCACUUUCGGAAGGGAUGUCACCACCUGAUGAUGUAGAGGCGGGUGUAAGGCUUAAUGAUUUCCUGAAGAAGAAGGGCAGCUCUGAAAAAGAAAAAGCCUACAGGACAGACUACAGGAGGAAGAGCAUCUCCAGGGAGCUUAUUCCACUUGGUGGGAGCCCUAUAGAGAAGGAACUGGCUCUUGUAGUCUGCAGGAAGGCUUCUGUCGCAGACCUUGUGUUCCUGGUGGAUGGAUCAUGGAGUAUAACCCAGCAAAACUUCAAAAUCAUACAAGAAUUCUUGUACACCCUGGUUAACAGCUUUGACAUUGGGGAAGAUAAAGUCCAGAUUGGUCUGAUUCAAUACAGCGAUCAACCCCGCAACGAGUUCUUCUUGAACACUUACCAGCGCAAAGAGGACAUCUUGCACAAGAUACAAAACUUGCAUUACAAAGGAGGGGGUACCAAAACAGGAGAGAGUUUGCAGUUUAUGCUGGACACUCAGUUCAAUGAAAUGGCGGGAAGUCGACGCAACGAAGGCGUCCCCCAGAUUGCGGUGGUGAUAACGGACGGGCAAGCUCAGGAUAACAUCCGUGAACCAGCGGAGGCAGUUAAGAAUGCAGGCAUCACGCUUUAUGCCGUAGGCAUCAAAGAUGCUGUUUUGUCUGAGCUUCAGGAAAUUGCUAGUGACCCAGAUGAACUGCAUGUUUAUAGUGUGGUAGAUUUUGCUGCUCUGCAGGGUAUCUCCCAAAAAAUAAUUCAGGUGCUUUGUACUACAGCAGAGGAAGUUUCUGGACAAAUUAACCAGGUUUCUCAAGUGUGCACAAAAGCCACUGUGGCUGACAUUGUUUUUCUGGUAGACAGUUCAACCAGCAUUGGUGAAGACAAUUUUGAGGAGGUGAAAAACUUCCUCAGCGUCCUGGUUUCUAAUCUUGACGUUGGCCGUGACCAGGUUAGAAUUGGUUUGGCUCAGUAUAGCCGCAAGACCUUCAAGGAGUUUCUGCUCAAUCAGUAUGCUCUGAAAAGCGACAUUCUGGAACUUAUACGGAAUUUGACCUUCCGGCGUGGAAGCACUUACACAGGGGCCGCGUUAGAUUUCGUCAGGGCUGAAUACUUCACCAAAUCCGCUGGAAGCAGAGCUCAGGAAAACAUCCCACAAGUACUCAUUCUCAUCACAGACGGAGAAUCGAAGGAUGACGUCAAAGUGCCCGCCAGGAAACUGAAUGCAAGAGGAAUCUCUGUUUAUGUGGUGGGGAUUGGUAUCCAAGACACCACUCAGGUCGAGGAAAUUGCCAGCAGGCCUUCUCAUAAGUUUUUGUUCAAAAUUGACAGCUAUGGUAUCCUUCAAGAACUUGCUAGAAAUUUUCUCCAAACGGUUUGCUUUGAAGUAGGGAGCCAAAUGAAAGUUUGUUCCAGUGCAUCUGUAGCAGACAUUGCAUUCCUUGUGGAUGAAUCCAGUCGGGUUGGUGAAAAGAAUUUCCAGUUGACCAGGGCUUUUCUACUCAGGAUUAUUAAUGCUCUGGAUAUUGGUCCAAAUAAUGUACAAGUUGCCUUGGUACUUUACAGUGAUGUGCCAAGAUUAGAAUUCACUCUGGAUACAUUUGAAGAUAAAUUAAAAGUCCUGAACUAUGUGAAAAGGUUGCGCUUCCGUGGUGGGCGACCAUACACGGGCGCUGCUAUAGACUUCCUUAGGAAAGAGGUUUUCACUAAGAAGGCAGGUAGCAGGAGGGAUCAAGGAGUACAGCAGUUGGCCGUGGUGAUCACUGAUGGCUACUCAUUAGAUACAUUCAUUGAACCUGCAUCCCGUCUUCGACGUAGUGACAUUACCAUGUAUGCUGUGGGCAUCCAAAAUAUCCCAGAGAGCUCCCUGCUACAACAAAUUGUAACGCAUCCCCCAAGGAAACAUGUCACCAACAUGGAAUUAUUUUUGAAGCAACCAGACAUUGAAUGGAAGAUAAAGGAACGGCUUUGUAACGGGAUUGUGGAAAGAGCAUUUGUAACUCCAGUGCGGUACCGUACCUUGAAGGAAGGCUGCGAGCAGACUGAGGAAGCAGACAUUUAUUUCCUGAUUGAUGGAUCGGGCAGCAUCUUCCCAAAGGACUUUGACGACAUGAAAGCCUUCAUGAAUGAAAUGGUUGAUGCGUUUCAGGUUGGCGCCAAUAGGGUUCGGUUUGGGGUCGUUCAAUACCAAGGUUAUGCAAAACUGGAGUUUGAGAUUGGACAGUACAAAACGAAGACAGACUUAAGGAAAGCCAUCGAUGCGAUCAAGCAGAUGGGCCAUGGUACUUACACCGGAAGAGCUUUGGAGGUAAUGAAGAGCCUGUUUAAGAAGGCUGCCAGGGAAAAUGUUCCAAAGUACCUCGUCCUUAUUACAGAUGGUAUAUCCGACGAUGAUGUGACUAGACCAGCACUGGAACUGCAAAAGGAAGGGAUAAUGAUAUAUGCUAUUGGUGUCAGGAAUGCUAGCAAAACACAGCUGGAACAGAUAACUGGGGAGAAAAACCAAACAUUUCUUGUGAAUGAAUUUGAUUCUCUAAAACGCAUUAAACAUGAUGUGGUGCGGGAGAUCUGCUCUCCUAAAGCAUGUAAGAACUUGAAAGUUGACAUUAUUUUCCUAAUUGACACCUCCGAAAGUAUGAAUGCAACUCAGUUUAACCUGACAAAGGACUUCAUGCAGGCGAUUAUAAAUCAAUCUGAUAUUGGUGCUGAUAAGGUUCAGAUUGGACUGCUCAAGUACAGCACCGCAGCAGAACUUGAAUUCCGUCUCAACACAUACAGGACCAAGGAUGCCCUGAGAGAUGCAAUAUCUAAAGUGACGCAGAUUGAAGAGGGAACUAAAACAGGGAAUGCUCUACAGCAUGCCUCUCGUUACUUUGACGCAUCUGAAGGAGGACGGCCGGAAGUAAAGCAGCAUCUCAUUGUGGUCACAGAUGGAGAAUCUAAGGACAAAGUGGAGGAACCCGCAACAAAACUCAGGGAAAAAGGAAUCAUCAUCCAUGCUGUCGGAAUAGUCAAAGCAGUCUACUCUGAGCUGAGACAGAUUGCUGGAAUGGCAGAUCGAGUGUAUAUGGAGGACAGCUACGAAUCCCUUACUCAUUUGGAAAAGACAAUAUUAUUUUAUGUUUGCAACCCUGACGCAGGAUGCCGAAAACCUGAAGUUGCAGAUGUCAUCUAUGUAGUGCACGGGUCGACCAAUACGCAUUUCCAGGGUAUGCGACAGCUCAUGGCGGCAGUUGUAAAUGACUCCGUGGUUGGAAAAGGCUACGUCCAGUUUGGGGCUGUUGCCUAUAGCAAUCGUCCUGUAGAAAAAUUUUCCCUGAAUAAGUUCUCAACUAAGGAAGAAGUCGGGAAAGCUGUUUAUAGCAUGAGUUCUUUGAACGGACAGGCCUUCACAGCAAAAGCUUUGAAUUUUGCAAGGGAAAGGUUUGAUGCAGCUUACAGUGGCCAGACAUCCCCGCCUGACACUGCACGGUUCGUUGUGCUUAUCACUGAUGCGCCGACGGCAGAUAGACCCGAUCUUCCUGCAGCAGUAGAGGCUUUGGAGAAAAAAGGAAUCAAGCUCAUUGCCAUUGGGACAGAGGCUGCAGAUGCAGAAGAACUCAAAGACAUGGUUGGCGAUGAGGGGUGGAGUUUUUUUGCUCCAAGUUAUGGCACGCUGGAAAGCUAUCGCCAAAAUAUAACUCAUAUUCUAUGUGACAAAUCAAAACCAGCUUGUGGCACUCAGCAGGCAGACCUUGUGUUCCUGGUUGACGGAGCAAAAAGCAUAACACCAUCUAAUUUCACUGUGAUGAAGACGUUCAUGAAGAACAUUGUGAACAGCUUUCUCAUUGCUGAGAACAAAAUCCACAUUGGGGUGGUCCAGUACAGCGAUGCUCCUCAGACUGAAUUUUAUCUCAACGAAUUCUACAGUGACACUGAGAUCAAGAGGAAAAUCGAAAACAUGGCCCAGUUAGAGUCGGCCACCUUCACCGGCAGAGCCCUCAGGUUCGUCAAAAGCGUCUUUCAGCCUGCCAACGGGGGCCGGAAGGACCAGGGAGUGUUGCAAUCCCUCGUUGUCGUGACUGAUGGAAAGUCCGAUGACGACGUGAAUGAGGCGGCCAUUGCUCUGAGGAAUUAUGGGAUCAACAUUUUCUCGGUAGGAAUAGGAAAAAAUCUUUCAGAGUCCUUUGAGCUGAAUCAAAUCGCUGGUAGGCCUGACAGAGUAUUCAGGGUGAUUAACUUCAAUGAACUGGAAACAAUCGAGAAGAGCAUCUUCAAGGAAAUCUGUGACGUUGCAGAUCAGCCCCGAGACUGCGAUAUUGACAUUUCUGUAGCAGUCGAUAGUUCCAGGCAUGCAUCAACAAUGCGUUUGAAGCAGUUAAUGCAAACACAACUCCUCAGGCUAGUGCCUGCAAUGGCUUCCAUGAUCAAUAUCAGUUGCCCAGUUGAGCCUCCUAUGAACAUCAGGUUUAGGUACCAAGUGUUUGCUGGAAAUGGUCGGUCCUUGUUCGACUCCAACUUUGAAGUUUAUGAUGAAGAGAUCAUUCAGAAAUUCCUGGAAGUGCAAACCACUAUGAACACUUACUUGAAUACAAACUUCCUAGAGGCCUUUUGGGACAGCUCCUUCAGUCUGGCCUCUACAAGAGUGAAGGUCCUCGUAGUGUUUACAGAUGGACCAGAUGAUAGUAUACAAAACCUCAAAGCGACUGCAGACUCUCUUCGCAAACAAGGGCUUGAUGCGCUUUUAAUGAUUGGCCUGGAAAAUGUUGAGAACUACAACGAACUUCAGCAAACAGAGUUUGGUAGAGGUUUUGGAUAUCGGGAACCCUUGCAGAUUGGAAACCCGUUACUUCCAAGCACCUUGUGGAGACAAAUUGACUCGAUUGCAGAACGCAAAUGCUGCAAGGCUUGCUGCAAGUGCUUUGGAGACGAUGGGCAGGGGGGUCAUCGUGGACCUCCUGGAAUAAAGCUUUUGCAGUUUGAAAAGGAGGGAUCGGCUUUCAAGGAUCACCUGGCCACCCUGGUGAUGAAGGAGGAACUGGGGAACGUGGUCCACCAGGUUUCGAAGGGAAACGAGGAGAAGCAGGUUGCCUUGGGCAACGGGGUCAGAAGGGAGCAAGAGGAUAUCGAGGAGUUAAAGGUGAAAAUGGACAUGACGGUCUUGAUGGGAUACCUGGAGAGGAGGUAUCGUCUAAAUGGAAAUGCGGUGUUGAUGGUGAAUGGUUCAAAUAGGGAUAUUCUGGAAUUGACAAUGAUGACCUUGGUCCUCCAGGUCAAAGUGGAAGGCCAGGGUGGCGGGGAGAGCCAGGAGCUGAUGGCAGACGAGGAGGAGCAGGACAGCAAGGUUCAAAUGGUUUACCAGGAGAAGAUGGGGGACCAGGUCAUAUUGGUGAACCUGGACUGCAAGGCCAACAGGGUUCCCCAGGCCGCCAAGGCGUACCGGGACUUCCAGGAGCACAAGGUUUACUGGGCCCCCAAGGUAACCCAGGAAUCAUGGGAGAAAGUGGCUCUCAAGGGAACCCAGGACACAGGGGACCAAAGCAAUCGCUACUGUGGGCUCCAUCUGCGAUUUGAGGCAGUACAGCCCAGUGAGAACUUAGCCAUACAGCCCAUUCCUGAGGGACUGGACGGUAAAGAUGACUAUGGAGCACCAGGAAAGAAAGGAGCAAAGGGAGAAGAUGGUGAUCUAGGCGUUCCAGGCGAUAAAGGCAUCAAAGGAAUUAGAGGACGGGUGAUGAUGAUAAACAUUCCUGGCUAUCUUUGA